UAUGUAGAUGAAAAUAGCAGUUCACAAUAACUAUAUCGUCUCCGUACUGGAAAUGGCUGGAGCGCCUAAUUCCUCAGGUCGGCUAUCAACGCAUCAGAUUUCUAGGGUUUUAACUUCUGCACAAGGAAGAAGGGAAAGUGGUCGAAGGCUACUCCAUUAAUGCUCUAGGGUUUCGACUUUCUUUGACUGGGAAAGAAUUUGAGUUGAGCGCUUUGUCAAAUCAACUCAUGCAGGGUGUUUCAGUGAGCUCCUUAGCAGCCUUGGCAAGUGGUGGGAGCUGCCGAGCAGUUUCUUUAUUCAAAGAUUAUUUGAAGCUUUUAAAUAGGAGUGGCAUAAAUCCUAUGGUUGAUGGCUCCUGCUUUGGGCGUCAAUGCAUGCUGAGGUUAUACUCAAUAAACACUAAUAGAGCCAGGAGGCUGGAUUCAAGGAUCGGAGCUACAUGGUUGUUCAGUGGAGGUGGUAAAAAAAUGGAUGCAAGCAUAGAGCGUAGUGAAGCAACUAAUGAGGAGAUUGUAGUAUUCUUUUUUCAGUUGGACUUAGAGACUCGGAUACAGUAUGCUCUAAAUACAGAACAAUUUGAUGUCGCACAACAAUUAAGAAACAAGCUUAAUGAGGUUGAAACGGAAAUAAUUAAACAGCAAGAAGCUAAAAGGGGAUCCUCAAGAAGUGAGGCUCAAGACAAAGCAUUAAACUUAUUACGAUUGCGUGCAGACCUUCAGAAAGCUAUUGAUAAUGAAAAGUAUGUAGUUGCCGCAAAGUUGCGGGAUGAGAUCUCAAAGCUUGAGGUUGAAUCUUUGGCUGCAUCUGCAAAAGCUUUAGCUUAUGAGAAUGCUCAGUAUGCAUAUCGGUUGGGUGAGAAAGUAAGGCACAAGAUAUUUGGCUAUCGUGCAGUAAUUUGUGGCAUGGAUCCUAUAUGCUGUGAAUCAAGUUCCUGGAUGGGGAUUGCAAAUGUUGAAAAGUUAUCUCAAGGGCCGAACCAACCGUUUUAUCAGGUUUUGGUUGAUGUUCAUGACGACCCAAACUUGCUUGUUGCAUAUGUUGCAGAGGAGAAUCUCAGUGCCACUGAAAAACCAGAUUUGACUAGAUUUGAUCAUCCAUAUGUUUCCUUUCUGUUUUAUGGCACCGAUACAACCGGCGACUUCAUCCCUAUAAAGCAACUACGAGAGAAAUUCAGCAGGCCUCGCCAUGAAGUUCCCUCCAUGGAUACACAAGAUGGAAAUGAAGAUGACAAUAUAUAGGCCUGAGGGAAGGUGUAGGGUAAACUUGUUCUCUAUUUCUGCAAAUCUGCCUUUGGUAGAUUGAAUAGAAAUGUGAAUGUUGUUGUUAGACACUAAAUGAGGUAACAUAUAUGAUUGUUUCUUACCAGCUUAAUUAAAAUGUGUUAAAUAGCUUUAAACAA